AUGCAGACCGAGAUGCGGCGGUCGAAGAGGUUUUUUUGGCAAGUUUGCAAGAAACCAUGUGAUAGCGGAAUCAGGAAACAGCGCUUGGAGCUUUGGUGCCGGUUAGCUUCCCUCAUGGCUACAGGGAAUAAGGCUCCCUUGCAGUCAGUGCAAUCCUUGCACAAACGUGCGCAGAAAGGCCAAAUCACGCAGAUUUCUCCAAUAGUUGAUCUGGUGAAUGCUCUUUCCUUGAAGCACGUGGUUUGCGGGAGUGGCUUUGAUUUGAAGGCUUUGCCAGGCGAUCUAAUGCUGCGGGUUUGCACAAAUGCCGAUCAUUUCCUGGCCAUGGAUGCCUUGUCAAUGUCUCCUGAAAGAGUUAACGCGGGAGAAGUGGCGUACACAACUACUCCAACCAGCAGUGGUAAUGUGCUCAAGCGACACCUAUCGCACAAGCAGUCAAAGCUGGGUGCAAUUGGACCUGAGACCCAAGAUGCACUUUUGCUGUUUGAGAUGCCAGCAGAACUUGUCGAGGCGGUUUUGAAAGAUUUGGCUAACGACGUUAAGAAGCUGCCGAAGAUAUUGAUGAGUUCACCUGAAAGGCGCAAGAGAGGACAAAACGAGGCGAAGAUUUGCAUGUAUCCUUUGAGCUCCAGCCACCCCAUAGUUCACCUGCCAACAGUUCCGAUUGUAUGCUGA